AAAGGAGAGAAAAGUACUGGUAGGUAUGUACGAGCUUGAUUCGGUUCGUAUUCCUGACACGGCGGGGCCCAAUUUGUGGUCAUGCAUCACCGACCCGCACAAUGGGGAAGCUCCUCGAAGUGACGGAACACCCUUCCCCCCCCCCACAUUUCGUGAAGCUUGGCUCGCAGACAUCACCACCACUGUCUCAGGUCGUUCGUCAUAUGCUUUUGCCGCGAGCUCUCUCUGAGACACUUUCACGCGCCAUCGCAUUGGCAUACCGACAGCCAUCCAGCCCACGAGGCACAACGCAUCAGCGCUUCUACAAGUGACCAAGAAACGAAAGGGAGGGGCAACUUCCAGGUAGAACCCCGCCAAGCGCAUCAAACAACCACAACAAACAAUGGCGUCGCAAACUGACAGUGCGAAUCCUCCAACGACACCCGGCCCCGGCGCCGAGCCACAGCCGAAGUCGCGGUCGCAGUCGCCGACCUCACCUACAGCGACGACCACAGCCGCGGCCGCGGCCGCGGCCGCGGCCCGCCUGCACCGGCCGAUCCUCCAGUCGCUGCCGGAAACGAGACAGCAGUCCUUCGACGAGAUCUACGGCCCGCCCGAGAACUUCCUGGAGAUCGAGGUGCGCGACCCGCAGACGCACGGCAUCGGGCGGCACAUGUACACCGACUACGAGAUCGUGUGCCGCACCAACAUCCCCGCCUUCAAGCUGCGGCAGUCGUCGGUGCGGCGGCGCUACUCGGACUUUGAGUACUUCCGCGACAUCCUCGAGCGCGAGAGCGCCCGCGUGACCAUCCCCCCGCUGCCCGGCAAAGUGUUCACGAACCGGUUCAGCGACGACGUGAUCGAGGGCCGCCGCGCCGGGCUGGAGAAGUUCCUCAAGAUCGUCGUGGGACACCCGCUGCUGCAGACGGGGAGCAAGGUCCUGGCGGCUUUUGUGCAGGAUCCAAACUGGGACCGCAACGCCUGGUGA